AUGGCGCUGCUGGAGGUGUGCGGAGCCCCCGGAGCGCGGCCCGGCGCCUGGGAGCUCCCCCUCUCGGGAGGCCGGCCCGGCUCGGACCCGGGACACUACAGUUUCUCCGCGCGGUCUCCGGAGCUCGCCGUCCCGCGGGGAAUGCAGCCCCCCGAGUUCCUGCAGGCCCUGCGCGGGGACCGGGAGAAUGGCGUUCAGAUUGAGAUGGCGCACGGCACCACCACACUGGCCUUCAAGUUCCAGCACGGAGUGAUCGUGGCCGUGGAUUCCCGGGCCUCGGCGGGGAGUUACAUCGCCACCUUAAAGGUGAACAAGGUGAUUGAGAUCAACCCUUACCUGCUUGGCACCAUGUCGGGCUGUGCGGCCGACUGUCAGUACUGGGAGCGUCUGCUGGCCAAGGAGUGCAGACUGUACUACCUGCGGAACGGGGAGCGCAUCUCCGUGUCAGCAGCCUCCAAACUGCUCUCCAACAUGAUGUGCCAGUACCGGGGCAUGGGCCUCUCCAUGGGCAGCAUGAUCUGCGGCUGGGACAAGAAGGGCCCUGGACUCUACUAUGUGGAUGAGAAUGGGACCCGGCUCUCAGGAAGCAUGUUCUCAACGGGCAGCGGGAACUCCUACGCCUACGGGGUCAUGGACAGUGGCUACCGGCCGGACCUCAGCCCGGAAGAGGCCUAUGACCUGGGCCGCAGGGCUAUUGUUCACGCCACCCACCGAGACAGCUAUUCUGGAGGCGUCGUCAAUAUGUACCACAUGAAGGAAGACGGCUGGGUGAAAGUGGAGAGCACAGACGUCAGCGACCUGAUGCACCAGUACCAGGAGGCCAAGCAGUGA